GCAGGCCGCGGGCCGGCGCGCCGGGGGGCGGGCGCUGCUCGCCCUGGUUUCCACGGGCUCGUUUUGCUUUUGCUGUGACUCAUCUCGGGACAUGGAAAAACCCGCAAGCUAAAACGGAAGUAGAAUCGGCGCAGGUAAAGGCGCUGCCCGCCGCCGGGGUCGGCGCUCGGCGGCCCAGCUCGCUCGGGGCGCACUUAGCCACUUUUCCGCCGCGGCCUCAGCCCAGCGCGGCCGCGCAGGCUCCCGGGGCCGCGGAGGCCCAGGGCCGCGGGCGGCGGCAGCAGCGGCGGCGGCGGCGGCAGCGCCCGGCGCCGCCCCGGGGCCGUCCCGCGGCGCGCUCCCGAGCCGCCCGGCCUGCGUGGCAGCCGCGAGCGCGCGUGCCCGCGCGCGCCCCCGCCCCCCAGCCCCAGGACGGCCGGGCCGCAGAGCUGUAAGGCAGAGUCUGGUAUGUUACCAUGGAAGGGCAACAUAACCACCCACAUCAUCUAGGGGACCAGAACAACCCUCUGUGCAAGCUGCCAGGACAAGAGUAUCAGCAUGAUCCUCAGCAGAGACAUUUAACGUCGUACCCGUAUCGCUGCACGCUGGCAGAUUUUCAGAUAGAGAAAAAGAUUGGACGAGGGCAGUUCAGCGAAGUUUACAAAGCAACUUGUCUUCUGGACAGAAAACCUGUGGCAUUAAAGAAAGUUCAGAUUUUUGAAAUGAUGGAUGCCAAGGCUAGACAAGAUUGCAUUAAAGAAAUUGACCUCCUGAAGCAACUGAACCACCCCAAUAUAAUUAAGUAUUUGGAUUCUUUUAUCGAAGACAAUGAGCUCAACAUUGUCCUGGAACUGGCAGAUGCUGGUGAUCUCUCUCAGAUGAUAAAGUAUUUUAAAAAGCAGAAACGGUUAAUCCCGGAAAGGACGGUGUGGAAAUAUUUUGUGCAGUUAUGCAGUGCGGUUGAACACAUGCACUCCCGCAGGGUGAUGCACAGAGACAUAAAACCAGCCAAUGUGUUUAUAACAGCCACAGGGGUGGUGAAGCUGGGAGAUCUUGGAUUAGGCCGUUUUUUUAGUUCUAAAACCACUGCAGCACAUUCCUUAGUGGGAACUCCAUACUAUAUGUCCCCAGAAAGAAUACAUGAGAAUGGCUAUAACUUUAAAUCCGAUAUCUGGUCUUUGGGCUGUUUAUUGUAUGAGAUGGCAGCUCUUCAGAGUCCUUUCUAUGGAGAUAAAAUGAACCUGUUUUCUCUUUGCCAAAAAAUAGAGCAAUGUGACUACCCACCUCUUCCAGCUGAGCAUUAUUCUGAAAAGCUACGGGAACUGGUCAGCAUGUGCAUAUACCCUGAUCCAGAUCAAAGACCUGACAUUGGUUACGUGCACCAAAUAGCAAAACAAAUGCAUGUUUGGACCUCCAGCACUUGAACCACCCGCAAACACUCUCAAAAAGCCAGCGCAGCUUAGUCUUACUUGAAUUUUUUUUUCUCAGAUGAAACCGACUGGUGCCUAGUCACCCAAGUGAGAGGGUUGAGCACUCGUAGCAGGAUGCUCCAUUAUUUCUGCAGGUUAUUUGACAAGGACUCUUACAAGGUGGUCAUGCUUUAAAGUGAAGAUUCUGUGAGGUAUUGCAAGUGAUUUUUUUUUUUUUUUUUUUUAAGCCAAUAACACGUUACAGAUGUAGAUCAUUUAAGGGUCCUUUCCUAAAGCUGUUGUGUGUAAUUUAGGAUAGAUUAUAUUAACAAGGGUGUCUCAGAGCAUUUGACACACCCCUUCUAUCUUAACUGUAAUGUGAAAUAUUGAAAUAAUUCCUUCAGUGAAAUCACUUUAUACUAAUGUAAGAAAUUGCCAUAGAUUUUUGUGUAAUUUGUAUAACUGCUACUUUGCCUCUUCUGCAAAUGGUUAAUAGCAAAUUCAGUUUUUACUUCAUAUCAUCCUUUAAAGCAUCUGGUUAUGUGUUUUUAUUAAUUAAUUCCCUCCUCUUCAAAUUUAGGCACUGGGAAGGGUGUUGGGGCAAAGGAAACAUAUUUGUUUCAAGAUUUCUUUCUUUUCUUUCUUUUUUUUUUUAAACUGAAAAUGUAGAGUGAAUAAUUUGCUGAUGCAUUUAUCUGUUAAUUUGACUAUGGCCAAUAAGAUAAGUUAAGCAUAUACCUGGAAAAAAAACCCAAACAAACAAGCAUUGCUUCUGCAGGUAACUUCUCUUUAAACUUAUUUUCCCAUUUGGUAUGACUCUUUUUUUUUUUUUUUUUUUUUUUUUUUUUUUUUUUUUUUUUUUUUUUUUUUUUUAGGCUAAAAGUUCUUAUUAAAAAAAAAAAACAGUGUUACUCUAAGCCAACUGUAUUUUGGGGAAGAUACUUUUAUCAAAUUCAGUGGUACUUUAGGUACUGAUAGGUAAAAUAUAAGCAAAGCAGUGUUUUAAACUUUUUGACACAUUUAAAAAAGAAAUAAGUAAAAUGCUUUGUGUAUCUAAUUCUACAUAAGGAUCAGCCCCUAUCUAUUUAACUGUGAAAGCUAAUUUAUAGAAUGUGAAUUUUUAUAAAAGCGCAACCUGAUUUGAAGGAGUCAUCUUCUUUAACGACAUGAAAAUUUUCAACCAACAAAUCCAUUCAUUGAAUCAAUGAUUUGUUUCAUUACUGUCAAUGAAAAAUAUUCACUGCUUUAGAAACAAAACCUGGAUUCACGUUCAAGUGUUUCCAUUUCAUUUGCCUGUUCGGCCGAACAGUGCUGCACUUACGUAAUGCUCUUGAGGACAACAUCCGGGGGAAAUAAGCCUGGACAGUUACAGUGCUGCUUCCACGCGUGACAGUGGCUAAUGCCGAAAAGUAGGUUUGUGUGUGACAGUUAAAAUGCAGCCUGUGCCUGUUUUUUCUUAAGAAAAGCAUACAAUCCUUAAUUUUUUGGAAAUACGAUUAGGGUUAGCGGGUUAAAUACGUAUAUAUGCUUUUAGUGGAUUUUUUUUUAACCUAAUUGUCUCUACUUAAAGGAAAACUGCAGUGCCAUCUUCAACUACUUUUAAUCAAAUUUUAAAAUAUUUAUAUAAGGUAACAAAGUGAAGCUAUUAAUUGCUGUGAAUAAGGUUGGUAUCAUUAAUGCAAGGUGCCAUUUUGGUGAGUCUUCUCAGUGGAAAGUUGAGCCUGCUGCGCUCUCAUGAGAGAUUCGGGAAAUUCAAAUCAGCAUAAUGUAGGAGAGGCACCAAAUUGCUUCCAACAGUCCCAUGCUAACAUGUUUAAUUUAUGGUCAGCUUCUUCAGCAGUUCUUAGAGUUAAGACCAAAGAUUGUUGUUUUUACACUGCAGGUUUCCUUUAAGCCAUGGUGGCAGCUACACAGCCAUAGGGCUGGUUGUGCUGCGCCUCCGUUGGUGUAACAUAGCGUAGGAUCUUUGGCUUUCAGGGAAGCUCAACUUACUUGACUAUCUUGAGAAGUCUGGUCACUUUCUUGCUACAUAAAAUUUAUUAGUGCUUAUAAGUAAAUGUAUUUCAAAAGGUAAUUUUUUUUUGCAAUUGUGCAUUUUUAGAUAAAUAAAACAAUGAUUUACAAAAUAAA